UCCUCGACCGGCCGAGCCAUUCCAGAUUCCACCGUUCUCCGCAUCCACACCCCAAACACACACAGCCAGACCUAGCGCCCCCCACCAUGGCGGCAGCGCCGCCGCCGAUCCCGGACGAGAUCUUCGAAGAGAUCCUCCUCCGCCUCCCGCCCGACGACCCGGCCUGCCUCCUCCGCGCCUCCCUCGUCUGCAAGGCCUGGGGUUGCGCCGUCUCCGCCCCCGGAUUCCGCCGCCGCCUCCACGAGCUCCACCGGACACCCCCCGUGCUCGGCUUCCUCCACGGCUGUGACGACGACCGCAUUCCCCACUUCACCCCCACCACCGCGUCGUCCUUCUCCCUCGCCGCUCCGGACUCCCGCUCCUGGCGGGCCCUUGACUGCCGCCACGGCCGCGCCCUCUUCCUGUCCAAGGGUGAUGCACAGGAACUCCUCCUGUGGGAGCCAACCACGGGUGCCCAGCAGCGCGUACCCGUGCCCGUGGCGUAUGAUGUCAUCUACCGGUACGAAGAGGCGACGUUGGCCGCGACCGCGGCCGUCUUCUGCGCAGCGGACGGGUGUGACCACCGGGACUGCUCGGGAGGCCCUUUUGGAGUGCUAUUCGUCUUCUGCGUCGAUGAAGACGAUGGCGACGACCAGGGGUGUGUCACGUUGACGCGCCUAUACUCGUCGGAAACGGGCACCUGGGAUGAGCAGAGCUGGAUUUUCCACGACUUGCCCAUGUGUUUUACAUUUUAUUCCAGCGUGCUCGUUGGGAGGUCUCUGCUCUACUUCAUGUCUGAUGAUGGGUGCAUCCUAGAGUAUGACUUUGCAGGGCACGGCCUGACUGUUUUCGACCCACCAAACUACGAGUCGAUGUACGAUGGCCGAUAUAACAUCAUGCUGGCGGAGGACGGUGGACUUGGAGUUAGCCAAGAGAUGAAUCCGCAUCUCAAAUUGUGGACAAGGGAGGUGAUUGAAGGUGCCGAUGCCCGAUGGGUAAUGAGCCGGGUCAUCUACUUGGAGAAUUUGCUCCCAGAUGGUGCUCUCAUUGAGGCAGCAAGUUCAGUGGAUGUGUUGGGCUUUGCUGAGGGAGCAAAUGUCAUUUUCGUGACCACGGUUGCUGGCGUCUUCACUAUUGAACUACAGUCAGAGCGGGUGAGGAGGGUGUGUGAUGAUCAUGGCUUAUGUAAUUUGAUUCCAGUUGUUAGCUUCUACACUCCUGUGCCCUGAGGUGAGCAAAACGAUCCAUCGUUUGAGCCUAGUGAGGAGGCCGGUGGUCAGGAGGGAAGAGGGGAGGAGGAGAAAACAGUAGGUCAGGCAUAUCAGUUGUUCGACAAUGGGUCCAACAUUAUCAAGGAGGUGGGCUUUGUGGGCGCCUUCGAUUACAUCAGCUAUGCCCUCGAGAACAGACUGGUCCUUUAUUGUCAGGGUUCCACCAAACAGAGAAGUUGCUCUGGAGUCUACAGACAUGGUUGUGGUGCUAUAUGAAGCUUGAGAGGUGACUGGUCCUUUGAGUGAUGUUCCCAAGACUGCAUGAAUGAAGAAUCGGUGAAGAUCUCAGCUAAAUCAGCAAAGAUGAAGCUGGGGUUCCUCCACCAUAUGGAACGGUUGCUCUGGAGUCUACCAGCGCGGUCUAUGGACAUGGAUGCAGCUUGCUAUCUGAAGCUCAAGAGGUUACUGGUCCUUUGUGCGAUGUUCCCAAGGGUACCCAAAAUGAAGAAGCCGUGAAGAGUUCAGGUACAGCCAGCAAAUGAUAUGCUACGAACUGAAAAGGCAUGAGGCAGCAAUGCUGAUGAUGCUCCACCUUCAGAGAAAGUUGAUCUCAUUGCCCCUCUCCCCAGACCAGUGGCGGUGAAAUACGUGAUUUCGCUAAUGUUUGCAUUAUGCGUAUAUCUGUAUGAAAUGAAGUCCGCCCUGUAUGGAAUGGUUUCAGUUAACCUUGGCAUAUUACACACAGAAAAAUAGUCAUGUACUGUUGCGCAUGUAAAAUGUGUUUGGAACUUGGAAAAGCUUGCUGUGUGGACAAUGGAUAUAUCUCUUGUACUUU